AUGCCACUGCUAACGAGGAUGAUUGAGGCUUCAGGAGGUCAGGCUCUCACUUAUGGAGGAGAUGUUUCAAAAGAAGAGGAUGUGGAAUCCAUGGUCAAAACUUUGUCUGGAAUUAUACUUAUGUUCAUCUUGUCACGAGACACACUGUUGAUGAGAAUAAAAAAAUCACAAUGGAAGGAAGUCAUUGACUUGAAUCUUACUGGUGUCUACCUUUGCACACAGGCAGCAGCAAAAAUUAUGAUGAAGAAGAAAAAGGUGAAUGCUAUUGUGCCGGGGUUCAUUGCAUCUGGUAUGACAGCUAAACUAGGAGAAGAUAUAGAGAAAAAGAUUUUGGAAACUAUUCCAAUGGAUGUUCUUCAGGUUCAUCCAAAAGAGCUAGGUGCACUAAUUGAGAUUCUCAAGAGUGAUAUGAUAACAAGUGUUUCUGGAUCUCAAUACAAACUUCAAAAUGAUGCGAAAUGGUAG